UGGUUCUUUUUAGUUAUGAGUUCGUUCUUGAAUCCAAAGAUGAAAGAUUGCAGGAAUAUAAUUAACUGAAUUAUUAACACGAAUUGAAUCCAAUGAGUUUAUGUAGUUGGCUUCGGUAUGUGAUGAGAGUGAGAGGAGCUGCUACAAUAAUGAAUGCUCCAAUAUGAAUAAUUACUUCUCUGACAUUGACGAAUGGUUGGAACACGCCAAUAAGUUCUGCAAGGCCAAUAGUGAGUUGUACACAGUAGGAGAUUGUACAAAAGAAGAUAUAGAAGAAGAAGAAGAUGAUGAUGAUAUGAUGAGAAUCUCAGUAAUAUGCAAGGACUUUCUGUCUGCUCCCGAGAAUGAACUUCACAACAUAGCAUUGCCAUCCAUCAGAGAAGAGAGUCCCGUCAACCAGACCCACCUCUCCUCCUGCAUAUACCACCCACCACCCUUUAAAUCUGACGAGCGCGCAAGGCUCUUGACUCGCCGUGAAUAUGGCCUCACCAACAAACAUCAGCUCGAAAAACGUGCGCGCAACAAGGCCAAGCAUGCUCAGAUUAUGCAAACCUUGAGGCGCAAGGAAGAGGCAAUCAAUAACUGGGAAUUACAGCAAACUAGGAAGGCCAUGGACCACAUGGAUAAGAUUCAGAACAAGCUGGAGAAAAAACAAUUGGUGGCUUCCGCAAAAACACAAAAGAAAAUAUGCUCGGUGAGGGAAAAGGCAGAGAAGCAGAAGUUGAAUCUGAGACGGUCGACAAUGAAGAAGUUUCAACAGCUUCAAUUAUCAGAGAAUCAGAAAAGAACCCAAACAGAGAGGUCAUGGGGGCUUUGCUAGAUUCAGAAUAUUACAUCUUCCAACCUUUAUAAAUGCAACUCUGUUGCUCAGUUCACUGUAAAUCGUUCAACUUAGUUCAUUAUAUGAUCUUAAACACAAUUCAGUGCAGUCUCCAUCUUCUUUCAUAUGAUCUUAAAACACAAUUCAGUGCAGUUAUGUGAGCCUUGU